AUGGGGGACCUAUUUACAUACAGUCAUGCACUGGGCAACUCACACAGACGAAUAACAGCUCAAGAUACUCCGGGGGUGCUGAUCCAUUUUCCGUCGAACAGAACAGUGCCAGUUGUCUUGGUCGGCGUUGCAUUGCACUCGCAGCUAGGCUUCUCCGAGCCCUUUUCGCACGUGAACUUGGGAGAGCCACAAAAGCUGCAGAGCCCAAAACCGCGUCUGGGCGGGCUUACUACAGACGGAACUGCUGACACCAACUUGCUGGUGCGCGCGUGA